UGAUAUGCAACUAUAGAGUUUCAAGAACUUCUCCCUGAACGUCGAUACAUGACAUAUGAUUUUCGUGAGUUUUCAAUCAAAUAUUACAUCCUAACUUAGGCAGACACUUUAAAAAUCACAUAGGUAUUUUAGAUUACAGAAAUUAAUGGUGAUAAAGAGUUUAUCCGAUUAGGAUUAAACCGGGAAUCUCAAACUUGAAUUUGAUGGCUUUGCGAGCAAUUUUGCCUAGUUGAAAUGUAUUUGAAUUAAACAUUGAAAUUUUAAAUCGUCUUUUAUAGAAAUUUUAUAGAUUGCCACAACAAUUAUAAUAUUGUUUUUCUCGGAAAAUCCAAGUAGUUUAAAGCAGGUUUCAUAGUCUCAAAUUCGAUUCCCAACUGGACAAAUAUAGGAAAUAAACUUAUCUACACUAUCUAAAGUUUAAGUGGCAUGCUACCUUUGUUAUAUUACACUUUUUGAAGAACACAAGAGCUUAGCUUAACUUUGAAUCUGAGAAACGUAUGCGAUGUUGUUUAAUAUUUAUUUAUUUAUAUAAUCAUAUCGUAGUAAUGUCAUGUUUGUAUUUUUUUUUUGCAGAGCGGAGUUGACAAACAACUUAGGAUUUCAAUCAUCGUUAAGUAUAACAUCAAAAGAUGUAAACGAUAAACCUUAUAACCCAUUCGAUCAUCGCAAAUUGGAACAUCCGAAUUCAACAAUUGGGUCUAUAGUGCAUCUCUUAAAAGCAUGCUUGGGCUCCGGUAUAUUGGCUAUGCCUGCGGCGUUCAAAAAUUCCGGCUUGGUUGCGGGAGCGAUAGGCACUCUAAUGGCUGGUUUUAUCUGUACACAUACAGUACAUAUUUUGGUUAAAACUUCACAAGAGGUAUGUGUAGACGCAAAAAAGCCUUCAAUGAGCUUCGCCGACACUUGUGGCGCUGCGUUUACGUAUGGGCCAAAGAGAGUUCAAAAUUGGGGAGGAGCUAUGAAAAAAAUCACGGAUGUGUCGAUGACUUUAGCGUAUCUUGGAGUACUAUGCGUGUAUGUAGUCUUCAUCGCAUCAUCUUUCAAAGAGGUCCUUGAUCCAAUUUUCCCGGACAACAUAUAUUCUAUUCAGCUCUACUGCCUAUUUACCUUGAUUCCAUUAGUUCUAAUCUGUCAAAUAAGAAAUCUCAAGUAUUUAGUACCUUUUUCCGCUAUCGCCAAUGCUUUGAUAUUGGUCGUCUUCGUUAUCACCUUAUAUUAUGUGUUCCUUGACCUGCCAUCGCCGAGUGAGAGAGAAAUGGUAGCCAGUAUAACUCAAUGGCCCUUAUUCUUAAGUACUGUAAUUUUUGCAAUGGAAGGAAUCGGAGUCGUGAUGCCAGUGGAGAACGAAAUGGCCAAUCCUAAGAGGUUCCUUGGUUGUCCAGGAGUACUUAAUGUUGCCAUGGUGAUCGUUAUAUCCUUAUAUGGCAUUGUAGGUUUCUUCGGCUAUAUUCAGUAUGGUGACCUGGUCAAAGGCAGCAUUACAUUGAAUUUACCAGAAGACGCAAUAUUCGCACAAACCGCUAAGCUUUUGAUGGCAUUAUGCAUAUUUUUCACCUACGCUCUGCAGUUCUAUGUGCCAAUGGAGAUGGUCACUAGGUAUCUUGAAAAAAACGGUGCACCUAGUUGCAAUAACCUUAUUCAAAUAGGCAUAAGAACUGGAAUAGUACUGUUCACAGUGGGUAUCGCAGCAGCAUUUCCCAAUCUCGAGCUGGUGAUUAGUUUAGUUGGAGCUGUUUUCUUUUCAACGUUGGGUCUUCUGAUUCCUGCCAUCGUGGACACAGUGUACCACUGGGACAAAGACUUGGGACCACUAAAUUAUGUGCUGUACAAGAAUAUUCUAAUAGGAUUGAUUUCGGUUAUAGCUCUCGUAUCUGGGGCAUAUGUGUCCAUUGAGGGUAUGAUUGAGGAUUUCUCCGGAAGCCAUCACAGCGAACACGACGUCCACGACAAUGCAACUCUGACGUAGCCAUU